CAAUGAGAUAAAACAAAACAAAAGUUUCCAGCAAUCAGCAAUCUCUAUCGUGCGCUCCCAAUCCCCCUAGGGUUUUUUUUCCUCCUCCGCUCGACAAUCGGAGAGAAAAUGGGUUCUAAUGAAAGAGAGGAUCAUACGACGACGACGCGGCAGCAUCACCCGCCUCACAUUAGCAGUCUCGUCGUGCGUACGUCCGGAAGCAACGACGGAGAAGUUGACCGCCUCGCCGCCACCGGAGAUGUCUCCCGUGACCGGCCUUCAUUUUCUCGCUCGGAUCGUCAUAAGGCUGACAAUGGACAUAGAACUCGUCCAAGUUCCACCUCACCACCCCGUCGUCCGUACGAAGAUCACCGACACGGCUCUGAUCUAAACCAUUCAGGUGCGGCGCCGCCUCGUGGGCGUGAGUUCAGCGGCAGGAGGGAAUCUUCUGGGAGAUACAGAGACUAUUCACCACCACGCCAUGUUAGAGGUGGAGCUGGUGGUCGUCGUUUUGAUGGGCCUGAACCUGCUCACAAGGUGCAACCAAGAGAUGGGGAUUGGUACUGUCUAGAUCCAUUAUGCAGAAACUUGAACUUUGCGAGGCGAGAAGUGUGUUACAAGUGCAAGAGGCAUCGCUAUGCACGUCCCAAUAGUCCGCCACCGCCUCCCAUGAAUCUUUCUCCAAGAAGAGACUUCAACGGCUACAGGUCUUCUCCUCCACGUGGCUACCCUAGAGACUACCCUCCACCAAGACUUGACCAUCCCACAUGGAGAGACAGAGACCGUGACCGUGACCGUCUGCGUUACUCAGAUCUUGAGUACCCUCCUAACAGAAGAAUAGUAUCUGACUGGGUUCAUCCUCAACCACUCCCAAAACCUCACUACGAGAGACGACCACCUCUCGGUCCACCGCGUGGGGGAAGAUGGGAACGACGACAUUCAAGAGAGAGGAGCAGAUCGCCGCCAUUGAGAGACGGUCCACCACCACCACAUCCAAUGAGAGGAGGUCCACCACCGCUCAGAGAUUACCGCCGUGACAGUUGCUUCGAUAGGCGUGGCGACAGAGACAGGAUGUGAAACUCUUACUAAUGCAAAACUUUGUAUGUCUUGGGAGUCCAGUUAGACGGUUCAAAAAUUUUCCCUGAAAAAAUUCAAUGUGACCUUGUAUUACACCUUAGAUUCUUUUGUUCCAUUUUUAAAUAUUAGCAAAACAUUUGUGCUC